AUGUUCACUAGAGAAAUUUACGAUUACAAACAGUUAUAUAGUCUUGAUGUUCUUGGAGUUGAAGACUGUGGUGAAAAUGAUCAAAUGCAAGUGCUUGCUGAGUUUCGAGAGAACAUAACCAGACAAGAAGAUGGCAGAUACCAAGUUAGCAUACCAUGGAUUCCAGGGAGUAAGUUGACAACUACAAACGAACAGCCAAGCAGAAGACGACUGUUCAACGUGAACAAAAAGUUAGCGAAAGACGAAAACCUCAAGCAAGAGUAUGAGAAGAUUAUCGAUGAUUAA